CUCUGAAUCUCCUCUUGCGGCCGCGGACGGAGCUCUCCCUUUAUAGAAAAACUUGGCCGAAUAAUUUCUCCCAAACGCAUUACAAAAACCCUAACAAGAGAUUGCUCAGUUUCAUACGCUCUGGGUUUCGUUUCGUGGUGGUAGGCAUACACAGUAGCGAAAACAACACAGGCUUAGAAAAAGAAGAAAAGACUAGUUCCCGCAUUGUUUUUGGUUUGGGGUUUAGGAUAGGGAGGAAGAAUUAGAGAAAAGGAGUGCGGGAAGAUGGGAAGAAGAAACAGUGGAAGGUCACUGCAAGAUAUCCUUUGUCGCCGAUUGGAGUCCUGCAAAUCCAGGUACUCCACAACCGGCGAAAUUGUGGACCAUCUUCGCUCAAUGUACCCUGAUUACCAGCGAACCAAGCGCCAAACUCUUGUUCGAUUUGUUCAGGAUGCUCUUCAAUCAAGCAGAAAGCCUAAUAAUACUCCCACAAAGAAGCUUGAUUGGGAUGAGGAUGAUGAGGAUGAAGGUCGAAGUGCUUCUCAAAAGAGGCGGAAAAAAAUUGAUGAAGGUGAAGAGAGAUUGCAAAGGAUGGAAGCUUUGCACAUCAGAAGGAUGAUGGAGAGCAAUGAGGUCCCAUCAACAUCCUCUGGUUCAGCUUCAGAGAGCGACGAAGAUGGGUCUGGAUCGGUUUCAACAUCAGAAGACGCAAUUUAUGAGGAGAAAGUGGAACCUGCUUUUGACUUGAUGAAGACUAUGCUGCGGGAUUCAUAUUCUGGAUCAAAGCCUGUGGUGGAGGAAAAGAACGUUGAAAUGGACAUGGGCAACAAUAGUAAGGCCACUUGUGCUGUGAAUGAGGGUGUAGGUGGAAGCAAAGGUGAAGCCAAGUCGACGAGGAAGCCAUUGAAGGGUUCAGUCUCAAAUGGUGGUGGAGAUGUUCAGGUGAAGGGGAAGGAGGGGCUUAGGUUUAGGGAUUUGGGUGGGAUGAAGGAGGUUUUGGAGGAACUGAAGAUGGAGGUGAUUGUCCCAUUGUACCAUCCUCAGUUGCUUAGGCGGUUAGGAGUGAGGCCAAUGACUGGUAUUUUAUUGCAUGGACCUCCUGGCUGUGGCAAGACUAGGCUGGCUCAUGCUAUAGCUAAUGAGACUGGCCGUCCGUUCUAUCACAUUUCAGCUCCUGAGGUGGUUUCUGGGGUCUCAGGUGCAUCCGAAGAAAAUAUUAGGGAUCUUUUCUCUAAAGCAUACAGGACUGCUCCAUCAAUUGUCUUUAUUGAUGAAAUUGAUGCAAUUGCUGCAAAACGAGAGAACUUGAAUCGUGAAAUGGAGAAACGAAUUGUGACACAGUUACUUACUUGCAUGGAUCAAUCAAACAGGAUUUUGCAACCAACUGAUGAUUCAAAGAGUUUGGAUGACCCCCCUGGCUAUGUUCUUGUAAUUGGAGCUACAAAUAGGCCUGACGCUGUUGACCCUGCCUUGAGAAGGCCUGGUCGGUUUGAUCGUGAGAUUAUGGUUGGCAUUCCCGAUGAAGCUGCUAGGGAGGAGAUACUUUCUGUUCUCACUCGUGGUAUGCUGCUUGAGGGCUUCUUUGAUCUACGAAAAAUAGCCAGAUCUACACCAGGAUUUGUUGGUUCUGAUUUGGAGGCUCUGGCUAACCAGGCCGGUAAUUUGGCAAUGAAAAGAAUAUUUGAAGAAAGGAAACGUGAAUUUUCUCAAGAUCUCACAAGUGAACAGAGUGAAGAAUGGUUGAUGAAACCAUGGUCAACUGAAGAAAUUGAUAAGUGUGCCGUCAAAAUGUCUGAUUUUGAGAAAGCAAUGAAAAUGGUGCAACCUUCAUCAAGAAGAGAAGGGUUCUCUUCCAUUCCUAAUGUAAAAUGGGAAGACGUUGGUGGCCUUGAUCUUCUAAGACGGGAGUUUGAUCGUUAUAUUGUAAGGCGUAUUAAAUAUCCUGAGGAUUAUGAGGGACUAGGAUUGGAUCUUGAGACAGGAUUUUUGCUUUAUGGGCCUCCAGGUUGUGGUAAAACACUGAUUGCCAAAGCUGUCGCCAAUGAGGCAGGAGCUAAUUUUAUUCACAUUAAGGGGCCUGAACUUCUAAAUAAAUAUGUUGGAGAAAGUGAGCUUGCGGUUCGGACAUUGUUUAGUCGUGCAAGGACAUGUGCACCUUGUAUAAUCUUUUUUGAUGAGGUGGAUGCUUUGACAACCAAACGUGGCAAAGAAGGUGGAUGGGUCAUUGAACGACUAUUGAACCAGUUGCUUAUCGAGUUAGAUGGCGCAGAGCAACGGAGAGGUGUUUUUGUGAUUGGUGCAACAAAUAGGCCUGAGGUAAUGGAUCGUGCUGUCCUAAGGCCUGGCAGGUUUGGUAAACUUCUUUAUGUUCCUCUUCCAAGCCCGAAUGAGCGAGUCAUGAUAUUAAAAACUCUUGCAAGGAAGAAAACUAUUGAUGCCAGUGUGGAUUUAAAUGCCAUAGGAAGAUUGGAAGCUUGUAAAAACCUGAGUGGCGCUGAUCUUGCUGACUUGAUGAACAAAGCAGCAAUGGCUGCUCUUGAAGAGAAGUGGACCUCAACUGAGACAACUUCUGGUCCAUUGACCAUCAAAACAAGUCAUUUUGAAAUAGCAUUGAGUGAAGUCUCUCCCUCUGUAUCAGUCAUGCAACAGCAGUUCUAUCAGAAAUUGUCAGAGAGCUUUAAAGCAGCAUGAGCAGCAGGAGAAGCAUUGAAGUUACUUCUAUAGUGGGCGAUAACAUUCCUUUGAGGUUUGGAUGAGAGGAACCAUUUUUGUUAGAGUGAUGUAGAAUGUAUAUUUGCUUUUGUAUGAGGUGUACAUGUUUCAUGGGAUAUCAUUUUUGGCGAAUGGUUAUUCAUGGUUCACUUCAAUCGUUUCUCUUUGCUUGGAAUUUGGUGUGAACGUUACUAGAAUAUGAAUUAGGAUGACAAGUUGCAUGCUGUCAAAAUUUGCAAUGGAUUUUAUUUGAUGCUCAAA